AUGUCGGUGCUACUGGAAUAUAAGGCACAAUGGGACUUGCGCGGAGUCCAUACCGACAAUAUCACUGGUGUCGCCAUCAGCCCUCGCGGGGACUACGUCGCAACUUGCAGCACUGAUUGUCAAAUAGUAAUCUGGUCACUGAACACAGGGCAGGCUGCAUACCAUAUAACUGCACAGUCUGCUGUGCUGUCGGUCAUCUGGACGGAGGAUCCUGAUGUUAUUGUAACCGGGACUGCAGACGGCACCCUGGUGACUAUGACUCUUACACCACGCAAGUUGCUAACCUCAGCUAUCAGUGCUCACACGAAGCCCGUUGAAUGUUUGGCGGUAAAUGAACCAUCGGCCGCAAAGAGACGCCUUGCUACUGCGGCUCAUGAAGAGAUCAAGACGUGGGGUUGGAGUAACAAUGAAUGGGCUUACGAGGGAGCGGUGGCGUUGCCUAGCUCAACGUCGUACAGUGGCUCGAAGCCUGUGCUUGUAACGUCGUUGCAAUGGAUACCUCGCAUGGAAUACGAGGAUGACUGCCUGGUGAUUGCGUAUUUAUAUCAUGGCAUCCGUUGCAAGCGCGUCCAAUCCGACAACAGGAACCCAGUCUGGUCAAUUCAUCUCCCUCUCUGCGUCUAUCAUUCUCCUAGAACCAAAGCAGUUGCAGUCUGCAACAUCAAUCCUGGAUUCGAGGUUUACCAUUUUCCGUCAGGAUCAGGUGUCGUACAAAUCCCAAUCAAACGACUACCGGAUGAACUUGCCCCUCUUCCCGUGAAGUAUGUUCAUGAAGGAACAAUGCUUCUGUGCGGUGAUUAUGAGGGGAAGGUCAGAUUGGUCGAUGCGCGUACCGGCUUACAUUUCCAGACCCUGGAACAUCAAGAAUGCACAAUGAUCCAGUCACUAGACGCCUAUUUUGACAGCACGACAUGUACAUUUCUGGUCGCCUGCGGAGGCGGGGAAGACGGGAAACCGGGUGUUGCACGGAUUUGGAAAGCGUAUGAGGCUGGAAACCCGCGCGAGCGCAAGGGCGAUCUCGAAAGCAAGUAG